CCUCUGAAUCAAACCCAGCUCCACCCACUUUCCGCGAAUUUUCUCUGUACUUUCGUGGAUUUUAAUGUGGUAAAGGUUAAUAGCUCGCAGAAUGGGGAGGAACGAAAGAGAUCAUUUGUUAAGAAUGGCCGGAAAACGAAAAACAGAGGGGGUGAAAGCCUUUCUAGAGAAUGGAAGCAUGCUAUUGGAGAAGCUGGUUGCCGCUUGUAAUGGUAGGCCUAUUCCCAUCCGUAUCUUCUCUUACCAAGAGCUCGUGUCUGCAACCAACAACUUUGAUCCAGGGCUUGUUCUACGCGUUGACGCGUACAACAUAUGGUACAAGGGUUCUCUUGAAGGGCGAACCAUUUCCAUUAAGAAAGAUGGAAGAAAUCCAUGUCCGAUCGAGAGUAUCUUCACCGACAUCGCUAUUUCUGCAAAGAUUAGGCCUCACAAGCAUGCUGUGAAGCUAAUAGGAUGCUGUCUCGAGACUCCAUUGCCCAUUUUAGUGUAUGAAUCUAUCACGAAUGGGACUCUUGCUGCUCGAAUUUAUGCCUCCGAUGAUGAUGGAGUUCCCCAACAAAGACGGCCUAUGGCGUGGCAGAGGAGAUUAAAGAUUGCGAGGGACAUAUCUCAUGCGAUUUCGUAUCUCCAUACUGCCUUCUCCAGACCCAUAAUCCAUAGGCAAAUAUCCGUGUUUUCUAUCGUCUUUGACCAACAUGAUGUUCCCAAAUUGUCAAACUUUUUUGAUUGCAUAACAAUUCCCGAGGGUGAAACCUGCGUCCGAGUUUCGUUUUCUGGUUCUUUUAACAGGACGACGUGCUCUUCACAUGGUAGAGUCCGUAAGAAACCGAAGAAUAAACGAGAUCGUGGAUGCUGCAAUCUUGGCAGAGGGGGAAGUAGCAGGUAUGGAGCAGCAAUUGCAAGCAGUGUUGCAGUUGGCUCUCGCAUGCGUAGACUUGGAACCAGAGAUCAGGCCAACCAUGGUUGAUGUUGCAAAAGAACUGCGGCGGAUUGAUAGGUUGUACUGAAUUUCCCCUCUUAUAUCUAAAUUCUCUUGUAAACAUCAAUUCCAUAAGAGGUAUUUUAUGGCUCUACUUAAUCACUUGUAUAAAAUCACUAAUUAUCCCGAAAGUUUAAGUUGAUUG